AUGCGCUGCUUCGCCCCACUCCUGGGGCCCCGGGCCACUGCGGCGUUGGGCCCGGGGGGCCCCCAGGGGCCCCUCACGCGUUUGCAGGUAACUGCAGCAGAGAAGCAGCAGGGGAGUGUUUGCGAAAAGCCAUUUUUGCUGCCUCCCCGCUCCUUUCUCCUCAGCAGCAGCUGCAGCAGCAGCAGCAGCAGCAGCAGCAGCAGCAGGGUGCAGCAGCUGCGCCUCUGGAGGCGGCCUGCUAUUGCUGCUGCGUUCUUAAAUGCGAAGGGCCGAGUACUUGCAGAUGCUUUAAUAUUGUGGAGAGACUCCAAAGAUGGCCAUCCCCGCUUUUUGCUGGAUGUGGGGCUUCCUGUUUGCGGGCGUCUGCUGACUUAUCUGGAGCGGCACGCAAUUUCCUUCAACGUCUCCUUCGGCGAAGAGCCCUCUCUUGCUGCGCUGCAGCUGCUGCCGCCCCCCCGCGUCUCGCUGCUGCUGCAGCAGGAAGGCAGAGGCUGGGGCCCCUGCGUUGCCAGGGGGCCCCCCAAAGACAGACCCCCCGAGGCCCUUCUUCAGGAGUUUUAUGACUUUGCAAUUUGCCCAAGUGCGGGGCAGCAGCUCUUUCACUACAUAGAGCACCCAGGCAUUAGUGCUGCAGCAGACGCAGCAGCAGCAGCAGCAGCAGCAGCAGACCCGGCAGCAGCAGCGUCUGCAGCAGCAAACCCAGUCGAGGGGGAGGAAGCACCAGGCCGCUGGACCGAGGGCCUGUUUGCUGCAGAUCCCCGCACGUGGCGUCUGGGGCACCGGGUGUACGUACACCGCAACUUGUGGGGCCCCCCCGAAGAAGAAACAGCCCCUCUAGAGGACUGCGCAGCUUCUGCUGCUUCUUUGCCUCUAGUUGGUGGGGCUGAAGAAGCAGAAGAGGCGGACUCUCCGUCAGCAGCAGCAGCAGCAGCAGCAGCAGCGCAGCAGCAGCGCGCGCGGGAGCCGGCGGCGCAGCAGCAGCGCGGCGCGCAGCAGCAGGGGCGCGAGUACGAGGUGUACAGACACCUCGUGGGCGUCUACGAGGGGCCCCAAGAAGUCGGAGUCGGAGAAGCACUUCCAUUAUCAAUAAAUAUGGACUUUUUGGGAUUUUUAUCUUUGCAAAACAAAGGCUGCUACAUAGGCCAAGAAGUCCUCACCAGGGCCCUGCACCAGCUGGCCAGCCGCAGGAGGUUGGCGCUGCUGCUGCGGGGGCCCCCCUGGCCCCUGGGGGCCCCCGCCAAGGUACAGGCUGGGGCUGCGGGGGGCCCCCCUGUGGGCCCCGGGGCCCUUUCUCUGGAGACGACGAUCCCAGCCAGAGUCUUCAGCUGGUGGCUGGAGGCCCUCCGCGCGGCUGCCACCGGUGUGCUGGGGGCCCAGCAGCCCUCCGGGGGGCCCCCCAAGGGCCCCCAAGGGGGCCCCCCGGGGGGCCCCCCAGGGGGCCCCCAUGGAGGCUCCGGGGAGGACCCCCCAGGGGGCCCCCAGGAGGGCCCCCAAGAGGACGGGGAGAGGGCCCCUUUGCCCAAAGGGUACAGCGUGGGCCCCGGGGCCCUUGUGCUCAAGCAAGUGGCCGGGGCUGCCCCAGGGAGGGUCUCAGAGUGGAAAGAAAUUGGAGUUGUUUUGGCUUAUGAAGAGGCAUUGGGGGGGGGCAUUUGUUUGCUUCGAACUAGGCCCGGAGAGGGGCCCCUAAAGACCCCCGAGGAUAUGGCGAGGUUUGCUGCGGGGCUCGCGGGGGCCUCCGUGAGAGUCUCGACAAAACCCACUCCAUCGGGGGGCCCCGAGGGCCCCUAUGACCCCGCAGAGGCUGCCGAUGUCUUUAUGGUGGUCCCUCCUCCUUAUGUCUUUGAUUUGCUGCUCCAAAAUCUGCACGAGCAGAAGACAGAGUCCUCGCGGAGCUCUUGA